UUCUUCAAAAUGGUUAGCACAUUUUCGUCUUUUCUUCCAAUUUUAAAACGUCAACUAAUUUCCAUUUUCUUCAUUCAUUAUCGGUUUCAUUUCAUUAAAAGAUUUCCUACAAGUGCUAAUGUUUUCUUGUAAAAUCGUGUCAUGCGAUCCGGAUUACUUAUCCAUCCAGAUUAAGCACUGUAAGCCUUUAGUGAUUGGAAGAGGGCCCUUGACAAGGAUUAAAGAUCCAAGACUUUCUCGAAAUCACGUCGAGCUGGUAGCAGACUGUGAAAAGGGGUUGCUGAGUGUUAAGCUGAUUGGAGCCAAUGCUUGCAAAGCUGGAACCACAAUAAUAAAAGCUAAAGAUGAAUCUGUCCAGCUUAAACAUGGAGAAAUUAUAGAGUUACUUGAAAAGCAAUUCCCAUUCCGUGUGGAAUUUAGUCCAGAUCCAAAUCAAGUCCCGUCAUCAGUAACAAGCUCAUCAAGUUCUGAAGAAAUAAUGGUGGGGAAGCAGACAACUCUUAACAAUUUUAUAACAACAAAGAGGAAAUCAACAUCUGCUGAAGAUGUCCAAGACCCCAGUUUCUUUGCAAAAAAGCAGAAAACGGAAGAUACAUGGGAGGAGAUUGACAAUGGGAAACUGAUCAUAUUCACAAGUGAUGGAGUGCAGCACAAAUCAAAAAUUGCAGCCUUUGACUUGGAUGGAACCAUCAUCACAACCCAGUCUGGGAAAGUAUUUCCAACAAAUUGCCAAGACUGGAAGCUGAAUUUCAGUCAAGUUCCUGGAAAACUUAAACAAUUAAUAGAAGAUGGAUUUAAAAUUGUUUUCAUCACUAAUCAAGCCGGAUUAAGCAACGGAAAGCUCAAACCGUUAGAUUUUCGAAAGAAACUCUGUGAUAUCCGUUCAAAGUUGGGAGUUCCAAUCCAAGUUUUUAUCUCAUCCGGUUCGGGAAAAUACAGGAAACCUUCUACCGGAAUGUGGAUAUACCUUACAGAUAAAGCAAACGGUUCCGUCCCAAUUGAGCUGGAAUCGUCUUUUUAUUGCGGUGAUGCAGCUGGGCGCGAGGCCAAAUGGGCGCCAGGGAAGAAAAAGGAUCAUUCGUCUGUCGACCGUCUUUUAGCCAUCAACGUCGGUUUGAAAUUUUACACGCCCGAAGAAUUUUUCUUGGGACACCGAUCGGUUCCGCAUAAACAACCAGAUUUUGAACCUCGUAAUGUGGACGCAUCGGUUCCUCUUUUGGAACCUUCGGACGCUCCCCUGUUCCAGAAAAAGCAAGAAGUCAUUCUACUGGUUGGGUUUCCGGGAUCUGGCAAAAGUCAUUUCGCAGAACAACACGCGCUUCAGUCAAGUUAUGAUGUUAUCAACCGUGACUCCUUAGGCACUUGGCAGAAAUGUGCAGCAGCCGUAGAAAAAUGUCUCGACGCCGGUAAGAGUGUAUUGAUCGAUAAUACCAACCCGGAUAAGGAAUCACGUUCCCGUUUCGUUCGACUGGCUUCAACUAGAGGGCUACCUUGCCGUUGUUUUGUGAUGAACACCACCAUGACGCAUGCCUUACAUAACAACAAGUUUCGAGAACUAACUGAUUCGAAGCACGUCCCUGUUUCUCGAAUGAUCUUCAACGUACACAAAUCAAAGUACCAGGAACCAAGUUUAGACGAAGGAUUCAGUCAAAUUGUCCGUGUCAACUUUCAACCCAAGUUCCGUUCUGCCGAAGAUGAGCGCCUUUACAAAAUGUAUCUUCUUGAAGAUUAAGGAUGUUUCCAGUAAAUGGAUUUUCAUUAA